GCACUUCUUUCUGUUCUGCGUUUUUUUUCGUCGGUGUAAAGUGCAUAGAAUUGUUAGAUUUGGGCUAUAAAAAAUUAGCUUAAUUUUAAAUAGUUUGCUUAACAAAAUGUCGUUUGCGGAAAAGAUAACGGGACUGCUGGCGCGUCCGAAUCAGGAUCCAGCUGGUGGCCCCGAAGCGCCCUGGUAUCUCAAAUAUGGCAGUCGUGUGCUGGGCAUCGUUGCCGCAUUCUUUGCCAUACUCUUUGGCCUGUGGAAUGUUCUAUCAAUCAUUGGCUUGAGCGUCUCAUGCCUCGUCGCGGGCAUAAUACAGAUGUUAGCUGGAUUUGUGGUGAUGGCCCUGGAGGCACCUUGUUGCUUUGUGUGUAUCGAACAGGUCGGCUCAGUGGCCGAUAAGGUGGAUGCCAAGCCGAUGUAUUUCCGAGCGGGUCUCUACUGCGCCAUGGCGGUGCCGCCCAUUUUUAUGUGCUUCGGCCUGGCGAGUCUCUUUGGCAGUGGUUUGAUCUUUGCCACCGGCGCAGUCUACGGCAUGAUGGCGUUAGGCAAAAAAGCCUCCGCUACGGAUAUGCGAGCCGCUGCCCAGCAAUCGGGAUACGGCGGAAAUGCAACGACAUCUACGACUAACGAUCGGGCAGGCAUUGUAAAUAAUGCGCAGCCUUUCUCCUUCACCGGCGCCGUCGGCACGGACAGCAAUGUGUGAUGACUUCGGGUCGUGGAGCACUGGGAUCGUGGCUGGUGGGGUGUGCGGUGAGAAAACAAGACUCAAAACGCAAAGCAUUAUGGGCAAACUGCAAAAAACAACUACUAUCAAAGAACAGCAACAGGCAAUUAUCUAAUUAACGUGUGCAAUUUACUGUUGGCGAUAGACUUCCAACCGGAUCGCCACGCAUGAAAAGGAUCUCUCUCGGUGUAGAGUUGAAUACAAUGUUUAUAAAAGUGAGCUGCUGAUGGAAACCUCAAGGAACCUCUUCAAAUAAAACGCAUAGUAAUUGAAAAUAGUAUUUGUGUUAAAUUUUUGUAUUCUGGUAUUUUCUGUUUAAAAUAUUUCUGUUUAUUGCCUGUGUAUCAUUCCAAUUCCAAUUUUGGUUUCAAAGCUAACGCAAAAUACUUAUUUAAAAUUUAGUGAAAAUACAAAUAUUACUGACCAUAAUUAAAUUAAAUUAUUGAGCGAUGGCAUAAUUGUGUGAAAUUUAUAUUUAGUCAUAGUUUAAAUAUACAUAAAAUAUAUUUAAAUGCAUAAUACAAAUAAAUAUCGAUAUAAAUAAUUAAAUGUAUGUAAACCAUAUUAAAAUUCAAUUAUACAUACUUUAAAUUAUGUUAAAUAAAAUUAAUUAUACAUACAGUCAAU